GGCGUAUUCGCGUUCAGUCGACCGAUAUUACCUACGAUAUAUUCACGAUAGCGUUUAUGGAACGCCUUGAAUUUGUUUUCGUAUUGAUAAACGCGUGCGGUAAAUCGUAAUUUUUUUUUUUCGCGGUUAUUUCCUAGUUAAGGAGUGUUUACACUGGGAUUUAUUGACGUUGCACUCGACUUAGUUUCAUUUAUUCAGAACAUAGCACAAAAUGCCUUCAGAGGAAGCUCACAUAUUCGUCCCCCACCCAUCAGUGUCAAAGAAUGCCUUCGUUAGCUCGUCGACUCAGUAUCAGCAAAUGUACAAAAAAUCCUUGGAAAAUCCCGAAGAAUUCUGGGGAGAAAUUGCCAGACAGUUCCACUGGGAAACGCCGAUUGACAACAAUCGAUUUUUCCGUUACAAUUUCGAUAUGACCAAAGGACCUAUUUUCACUAAGUGGUUGGACGGCGCCACCACUAAUAUUGCUUAUAAUUUGUUGGAUAGGAAUGUUAGAAACGGACAUGGAGAUAAGGUGGCUUAUUAUUGGGAAGGUAACCAUCCAGACGACUACAGCAGAUUAACCUACAAGAAACUUCUGGAAGAAGUAUGUCGUUUCGCCAACGUACUAAAAUCCAGAGGAGUGCAGAAGGGCGAUCGAGUGGCCGUUUAUAUGCCUAUGAUUUUAGAAGCCGUAAUUACUUUGUUGGCGUGUGCUAGGAUUGGUGCUGUGCAUUCAUUAGUUUUUGCAGGUUUCUCAUCGGAUUCGUUUGCGGAAAGAAUACUGGACUGCGAAGCCAGAGUUCUUGUCACAGCCGAUGGGGUAUGGAGAGGAGAAAAACUGUUACAAUUGAAAAAUAUCUGCGACCAAGCUAUGAUCAAAUGUUCCAAGGAGGGUCACAACGUCGAAACUUGUAUUGUUGUGUCGCAUUUGGAACGAGUCACUGCGCCCAAAGGCGGAGUUAUGAGUCGACAAACUAACAAGACACCAAUGACAGACGGUCGAGACAUCUGGUGGCAAGACAUCGUGCCGCAAGCCUCGACAAGCUGUUAUCCAGAAUGGAUGCAAGCGGAAGACCCACUAUUUAUGCUCUACACUAGCGGAUCUACGGGAAAACCGAAAGGCGUGCUGCACACCACUGCCGGAUACUUGCUCUACGCAGCUACCACUUUCAAAUACGUAUUCGAUUAUAAGCCUAACGACGUGUACUGGUGUACUGCCGAUGUCGGCUGGAUCACUGGACAUUCUUAUGUUGUUUAUGGUCCUUUAGCUAAUGCUGCUACAUCUGUUUUGUUUGAAGGAACCCCAUUCUUCCCAGGUAACGAUCGUUUCUGGUCUGUAGUGGACAAGUACAAGGUGUCGCAAUUUUACACAGCCCCUACAGCAAUCAGGUCCCUAAUGAAAUUCGACGACGAUUUAGUCGCAAGGCACAACUUGUCCAGUCUGAGAGUGCUGGGUUCGGUAGGCGAACCAAUAAAUCCCGAAGCGUGGAUGUGGUACUACAAAUUGGUGGGUCACGAAAAAUGUUCUAUAGUUGAUACUUUUUGGCAAACCGAGACUGGAGGACACGUGCUGACUACCUUACCAGGGGCACAACCCAUGAAACCUGGAGCAGCGGGAUUUCCCUUCUUUGGCGUGGAACCGGUACUUUUAGACGAGAACGGUAGAGAAAUUAAAGGCGAAGGUGAAGGAUAUUUGGUAUUUUCCAAACCAUGGCCCGGCCUAAUGAGGACUCUAUAUGGCAAUCACGAUCGAUACGAGCUGACCUAUUUUUCGAAAUUUCCUGGAUAUUAUUGCACUGGCGACGGAGCAAAAAGAGACGCAGACGGAUACCUAUGGGUCACAGGUCGUGUAGAUGACAUGCUAAAUGUAUCUGGUCACCUGAUGUCCACUGCAGAAGUAGAAUCAGUUUUGACAGAACACCAUGGCGUAGCCGAAGCAGCUGUGGUGGCCAAACCGCACCCAGUCAAAGGAGAAUGUUUAUAUUGUUUUAUAACGCUAACAGAAACUGGCAUAUUCGACGAUCAACUCCUACGAGAACUGAAAACUCAUAUUCGAGAACGAAUCGGACCUUUCGCUCAGCCAGAUGUGAUUCAAAACGCUCCAGGUUUACCUAAAACGCGCAGCGGCAAAAUUAUGAGGAGGAUUUUGAGGAAGAUAGCUGUUAAUGAUAGGGAUGUGGGCGAUGUCAGUACUUUAGCUGACAGUUCUGUUGUAGAGCUGUUGUUCCAAACUAGACCGGCCAAUGCUUAAAUUAUACAAAAAUAGUAAUAAAAAAUCAUCGGUAAUUAUUACUACUGUUAGGUUUACUAGUACAUUACAUUACCUAAUACAGUGUUGGCAAAUAUUUUUUGAGUGUGCAAUGUUUCACAAAUCAUGAGCACUUUACUUGACACAUCGGCCUUAUUAAAUUGGUUAUUGCUAGGCCACAGCCGAUUAUUCUGUUAUAAAAUGGCCAAUAUUUAUAAAAACACAAAACCUUAAUUCAAUAGUGAUUAUUCCUUCUUUUAAAAGUCUCUUUUUAGUUUAGGGCAGAUUAGUAAAGGCCAUAUUGGUUUUAUAUAAUAAUUUAAGUAGAGAUUGUGGAAUUGUAAUGUUCCUAUAUACAUAUAUUUUUAGAUGUAAUCAUUGUUGGGCAUUUUUUGCAUUUUUCUAAUUUAUUCGAUAAUUCCAAAGCACAAAGACUGCAUAAAACAAACAUGUAUUUCGCCUUAAUGCCAGCGCAUAUUAAAACAUAUCAUUCCAGCGGUGAUUUCUGAUUUUGUAGCGGUUUUUUGCUAGUUUUAAAUUUUGAGAGUUUUUUUUUUGUUUUGUUUUUUUACGAUAUAGGUACAUAUGUAUUGGACUAGUUUUUAAUAAAACUAUGUACGCUUUUAUGAUUAACUAGUGUAAGAUAAAUGUUAAAAAGAACCUAAUAAAAAUGUUGUUGCAAGUUAAUUUGAAUUUUUUGGUCU